AUGGGCAAUGGGGAGAGGGUUAACAAGGGCCAUCGGGAGCUUGAAGCCGGGGGGUGCCGGGGUCUCUCUAAAAGUGAAGAAGCGUUGGAGGAAAAUAAGUGCCAAAAAAUGGUGCGUGCCGAAAAUCUUUGCAGGAAGAUGGAGAAACCUUUGCUAGAGGAGAUCUCUGCGGAGGCACAGAAGCGUCAGCCAAGCCUCACUAUCGAUGAGAUUGAAGAUUGCAACCGCGAUCUCAAUGAUGGGGAGGACUACACUCUGGAGAAUUCUUUGGAGAGCCAGGACUACGACAGUCUAUCGUACAGUCAAAGUUCCAGCAGAAUCCAGGAGCCUGAGCACAAGCACGUCUUUGGGUAUUCCGGAAGCACUCUGGCAAAGUACAUCACAACUAUUACAAUUGGCAUCUUGACCGGUAUGGUGGCAUUUGGAAUGGAGUCGACCGUUGAAGUGAUCAUCGAAAAGAAGAACGAAUGGCUCCAAGAUACUCUAAUAACCAGGAGUCCAUACUUCGCAUACUUCGGGGCAGUUCUUUUUGGCAUUGGUCUCAUCAGCGUAGCCGUCUGUUUAGUAUCAUUCUGGGCGCCAGCUGCUGCGGGAGGGGGUGUUACGCUGGUCAUUGCAUACCUGAACGGAAUCGCUGUCCCUGACUUUUUACGAGGAUCCACUCUGAUCACGAAGAUAAUUGGCACGAUCUGCACUACUACCUCCGGACUGGCGCUCGGACCUGAAGCUCCGCUUGUCCACAUCGGUUCGGCCAUUGCGUCCGCCCUGACAUGGCCAGUCUUGAGCAAGAGACAAGCAACAACAGAGGACGACGAGAGGGGUGAUCGUUCGUGGAUCGAGAGGUUGACACAUCCUGCUGGAAUGUCCUAUGAUUUUCAUAACGAUGUUGAUCGAAGAGAGUUCAUCUCAGCUGGAGCAGCAGCAGGUUUGGCGGCCGUUUUUGGUGCCCCGAUCGGUGGCGUUCUCUUUUCUUUGGAAGAGGCAUCCAGCUUUUGGUCGCGGAAGGUUAUGUGGAGGUCUCUUCUAAGCUGCGCGUGUGCUACGCUUACCCUCUCCUUUCUUCACGAGAGGCGCUUUUCCUUGAGUUUCCCGGGCCUUCUCGCCUUCAGGGGCCUCAAGCCAAUCUUCAAGCUUCAGGAGCUCCCGUUCUUCUUUGUGACUGCUGCUGCUGCCGGGGUUCUCGGCUCCUUGCUCAACCUUAUCCAUGGAAAGCUGAACAACUUCAGGCCAUGCGCCAGUCGAAAAGGCUUGAGGAUCCUCGAGGCCUGCACCGUGGUCACGCUUUCCAUAUCAGCAGUGUUCAUCUUAUCGCAACAGUUCGGCCGCUGUCUGCCGCAGCCAGACGAAUGGCACCAUCCCGGAACCAAUGAACAUUACGGCAUCAAGUUCACCUGCAAGCAAGUCGAAGGAGAACCCCUUUACUACAACGACUUGGCAACCAUGUUCAUGUCUGUGCCGCACGAGACGAUCAAGAAGCUGUUCAAGAUGUCGCUAGCGAGUCAAGGACACAGGGUCUACUUCACCUUGCCCAGCUUGGCCAUCUUUGCCAGCGCCUUCUUCUCCAUGUUCUGCCUGGCAUACGGCCUUGCCGUACCCGGUGGCCUCUUCAUGCCCUCGAUCAUGACCGGAGCUUCUUUUGGCGGCGUCCUCGGCUGUCUUUUCCAGAUGUACUUCAAAAUGUGGGAAAUUGAACCGGGUCUGCAUGCUCUGAUUGGAGCGACUGCUAUGCUUGGUGGUGUCUUCAGAAGCUCCAUCUCUCUGGUGGUCAUCAUGGUGGAAGGUACUGGCGGCAUAAACUUCAUCCUGCCAAUCAUCUUGGCGGUGGUGAUGGCAAACUGGGUCUCGCACCACCUUCACCCGUCUGGCGCUUACGAGAGCGACAUCGAGAAGCUCAGUCACAUACCCUUCCUUCACGCGGAGGCUCCCCGAAAGCUGCUGAGCUUUCGGGCAGAGGACAUCAUGGCACAUAACGUCGUCGGAUUCAGAGAGAUUGUACGCGUUGCCGAUGUUGUCCAGAUCCUGCGGAAGACCCUGCACAACGGCUUCCCAGUCUUCUCAGAAGACGGCCGCCUCGUGGGCCUGAUUCUGCGCAGUCAGCUCCUUGUCCUUCUAGAACACCAGCAUUUUGUGCCGAUGCCCCAGCACCCUGGUCACCGGAGCUCGACUCGUCGCGACUCGUUUUCGUCGUCGACCUCAGCCAAGCACCGCAUGCUAGAGCGAGCCAUGCGGAUGUACCACCUGAUUCACAACCCGCACAGAAGGUACCUGAAUUCUACGCCAGAGACAGUGGAUGCGUUGAAUGUGGACAGAGAUAGGUCAAGCGAAGCUGAGCGGGCGCUUUUGGGAGGAGAACACGACCCGGAAAACGGAGGAGCGAGCAGCAGUCCGAAUGGAAGCCCAACAGACGCGGUCGGCAGGGACGUUGCGAACCUGGCUCUGGACCUGACCCCAUUCAUGAACAGAGCUCCUUUGACUGUGAGACGAGAGUGCUCGGCGCAGCGUGUCUACAUCCUCUUCCGAAGCCUAGGACUGCGGCAUCUCCUGGUCGUCAGCUCAAGAAAUCUGGUAAUUGGCAUCAUCACCCGGAAAGACCUUGUCAACGCCGAGAGAACUUUCGAAGGCCGGAUCGAGUCGUAUGAGGACCAAGUUAGCAGGCACUCACGCCAAGCAACGCCAAACACCCAUCCAAGCAUCACUAGCCCCAUCGCAUCCAGCCCCACCCAUCACAGAGCGCACACAUCGAGUCGAAGCGUCGAGGACGUUCUAUUUUCUCUCCCUUGAGACUUGGAAUUUGACCCUUAUGCUUGGUGGCAGGAGAGAGUUAUUCUGACGUCCGGACUGGUGCCCUUUUCACAGAUCAAAGUAGGCCUGAGUAGUCGAGUUAAUUCUACCCUACAUUACGGGAUCAAAGCACAAGCAUUUAGAUUUACCAGUGUCAAACAAUGGAGUGAGA